CUUCCAUUUCCAGUUACACAAUCGAAUGUGGUGAUAACAUCGUGUGUUUUCAAUUUAGAAUAUUUGCAUUCAUAAAAUGCCAAGAAAAUGUUCGACAACUCAUCCUGGCACAAGAAAAUAUGGCACUAAAUCUAAUUACACCAAUUCUACACUUCAAGAGGCUUUAGCCAAAAUUAAAUUAGAAAAAAUGUCGAUUGGUGAAGCUUCUAAAAUUUAUAAAGUACCUAAAGCAACAUUAUUUUAUAAGCUAAAAAGUAAACACUGUAAAUCAGUAGGGCGCCCUAUUGCCCUUAGCAUUGGUGAGGAACUUUGUUUUGAAAAUCACUUACUUUAUUUAAGUGACAAAGGUAUACCAAUUGGAAUUAAUGAUUUUAAAAGUAUUGUCAAAAUCUAUCUGGAUGAUAGUGGAAAAAAUAUACAACAGUUUAAAGAUAACCGACCAGGUUGGGAGUGGUGUAAACUUUAUCUUGACAGGCAUCCAUCAUUAAAAGAAAAAGUAUCUCAUUGUAUUUCAAGAAAACGUGCACAGAUUAAUUAUUGUCAAAUAAAAUUAUUUUUUCAAAAUCUAGAGAAGAAAUUAAAUGGAGUAACGCCAGAUAACAUUUACAAUAUGGAUGAAACAGGGUUUCAUGAUGACCCUGGAAAAAAAAAACUUAUUUUUCGUCGAUCCUCUCGCCAUCCAGAACUUAUAAGAAACACAACAAAAACUUGUUACACUGUUGUUUUUUGUGGAAAUGCCUCAGGAAAACUAAUUCCGCCAUUUUUCAUUGUUAAAGGAAAACAAAGUUGGUCUGUGACUGGCUUUUCAACGCACGAGAAGGAUCAAGAAUGGUUAAAAAAUGAUUGUACAUGUAAUUUAACUCUGGCAGUGCUGACUCCAGACUCCAGAAUAUGCUUGCAAACCGAUAUAUUGGAUGUAAAUCUUGUUCAACUUUACAUAGACAUCUCUGACAUAUAG